AAAAGCCCCCUUAAUAUGUCAAUGAUUGUGCCACCACAACACUGCGCUUUACUCUAAUUAGGUUUAUGCCGUUGUCGUUGGAAUUGCACAAUCAUAAUUACAUAUAGAAAAGACUAACACCUGGUUGGAUAUUGACAUAUAUUUUGUUACCACGUUUCAACAAUGAGUUUCGGAUUUAGUGCGAACAAUGGCACAUUACAGCCGUUUACCAAAUUGUUGCUGCACAUUGGUUCCCACAUGUCGGAUAUUGAGGUCUCUGCUGUCAAGCUGGUUUUGAGCAUUGAGCCGGAAACAAACUUAAAGACGAAGGCACUUCUAAACGUCAACAAUGCAUUCGAUGUACUUAUGCUGAUGGUCAACAGAGGUUACAUUGCUGAAACAGACUUGUCAUUUCUUGAGGACAUUUUUACAAAUUUGUUUAGGAAAGAUCUCGUAUCUGACAUACGCGAAUAUAUGAAUCAUACUGAUUGUAACAGCGUCUCGGGCACCAUACCUAAAACAUCAGCAGGAAACGCUGAAGGCAGAAUCACUGAUGACGAAAAGGCAGAAAAUAUUCCAACCAUUGGAGGUCUAGAGUUGGAAACGACGAAAACGAUAGACGAAAGUAACGCUGACAUUUGCGCGGAAGACGUGUCAAUUGAUUCGGUCCAUUCCGCCACCAAUAUCUCAGACGAAGACAAACAAACAGCUGCUAUGGGUAGUCAGCCACCAUUAAGGAAAAAUUCCUGGAAGUACGAAGAAAAGUCCUCCAAUCGCAAGAGGAUUUCAACAAGCUUGUUUAUUUCUUAUGAACAAAUCAAACACGGUUUCGGUGUACUCCAAAGCACUUCAAACAGUGUUUAACUGGAGGAGAGAAAGAAUUGCACUAACCAACCAACUGUAUUAUGUGAAUGCUAGGGGAUAUUUAACGUUUUGUUUGUUAAUAUCAAACUGAACUUGUAAAUCAUAAUCAUGUGCAUUAUUUUAAGACAAACGUCCAUCUGUUAAUGAAAACAUUGUGUUAUGUAUCUAAACCCAUGCUUUGAAUGAAUAACGGUCACUCUAGCAGUAAUAUAAAGUGGACAUGACAUUUGAGCCGCGGCGUGCGAAACAGAUCUAUUGCCAAAUCCGAUCAGCGUAGUUCCAGACCAUGCUACACAACCAUACAGUUUGUCAGGAGCUGCACUGACCGCGUAUGAGACCACGAUACAUAACGUGACUUAAUAGAAGAAAGCGAAGCUCCUGACCAGCAUGCGCAAACGCGGGUGUGCAGGCCUGUUUGGAGCUACGCAAGUCGCAUAUGGCAUAAGACCCAUGUUCGCAUGAAGCGUUUCAUCUGAAUGAUCGCCUGUAAAAGAUCUUUUAAAGUAUUGGAUCAACAAACCAACCGACAAGAUGAUGAACAGGCUAAUGGCAGGCCGUUUAUUUACAUUUCGUGAUCAACAUUUAAUCUAUAUAAUAAUUCAAAGAACGAAUAAGUGAUUCACAGCUAUAAUGAAUCUUUAGACUGAUACAAAUCGAUGGAUUGAAAUGUAGGAAACUUCAAAUCUGGUAUUUAAAUUUAAAACUAAA